AUAUUCAUGAACACCUUCCUCUCUGCGUCCCUCUGACCCGCAACGGAGCCAGGCCCGCGCCGCCCUGCCCAUUGCCCUUGCAAUGAUGGCGCGCACCUGGCAGAGGAUAAAAGGGCCGCGGGCGCAGGACUACGACCUCCUGCCGCUGAGCGAGAAGCUGCCCGACUCGCCCUCCAAGUCCCGAAGAGAGCAACGUCGGACGAGCUUCAAGUGCCUCUGCUACACACUGGGUGGUGUGCUGCUCGUUGCACUCGGCACCAUCUAUGGCGUCGACAGGUAGGCGCUUCCGCCUCGUUGCGGCUCUCUUGUUCAGCACAUUGAUCCUCCCAAGGUCGCUCGCCGCGCCGACGACGAACAAGUCCUGCGACACCAUCGACGAGGGCUAUCGCUGCAGCCCCGAGAUCACCCACUUCUGGGGCCAGUAUGCCCUCUGGUUCUCGGUCCCGUCCGAAGUCGACGUUGACGCUCCCGAAGGCUGCUCCGUGAGCUUUGCCAGCGUCCUCUCGCGACAUGGCGGAAGAGACCCCACCAUGGGCAAGACCAUUGCCUACGGGGCGACCAUCGCGCUGAUACAGAACUCGAGCACCGCGUUCCCGGACGAGUUCGCAUUCUUGAAGGACUACAAAUACACGCUUGGCGCGGAUCAAUUGACGGAUGCGGGGCGGCAAGAGAUGGUGAACUCGGGCGCGCAUUUCUACCAAAGAUACAAGAAGCUGCUGAAGGAGAAUGCGCCAUUUGUGCGCUCCUCCGGGCAAGACCGUGUUGUCGAAUCGGCGAACAAGUGGCUCCAAGGCUACGCUCAAGCGGCAAAGCAGUCGUCGCCAGCCUCAAUCGACGUCACCAUCCCCGAGGGCGCCGGCAUCAACAACACCCUCUCGCACGAGAUCUGCACCGCCUUUGAGUCCGGGCCCGCCGACAAAAUCGGCGACGCCGCGCAGGACAUCUGGAUCGCCCAAUUCGUCCCCCCGAUCCAAGCCCGCGUCAACUCCAAGCUCGGCACCAACCUCAGCACCGCCGAAACCAUCUACCUCAUGGACAUGUGCCCCUUCGACACGCUCUCCUCGCCCACCGCCCGGGUCUCCGACUUCUGCCGCCUCUUCACCGAGGCCGAGUGGCACCAGUACGACUACUACCAGAGCCUGGGCAAGUACUACGGCUACGGGAACGGCAACCCGCUCGGCCCGACGCAGGGCGUUGGAUACGUUAACGAGCUUCUCGCGCGGCUGACCCAGACACCCGUGCAGGACCACACGAACACGAAUCAGACACUGGACGCGGAUCCCGCGACGUUCCCGCUGGACCGCAAAGCAUACGCCGAUUUCAGCCACGACAACGACAUGAGCGCCAUCUUCGCCGCGCUGGGCCUGUACAACAGCACGACGCCGCUGUCCAACACCAGCAUCGAGGAUACCACGGCAACGAACGGGUUCUCGGCGGCCUGGACCGUCCCGUUUGCCGCACGCAUGUACGUGGAGAAGCUGAGCUGUGAGGACGCGCAGGAAGAGUACGUGAGAGUCAUCAUGAACGAUCGCGUCGUGCCGCUGGAGUUCUGCGGCAGCGACGAGGCGGGGCGGUGCAGCUUGAGUGCGUUUGUGGAGAGCCAGAGCUUUGCGAGGGGCGGUGGGAAUUGGGAUCAGUGUUUUGCGGAUUCUGUGGCAUCCUCGCGCAGCUAGAUGUGUGUUGUAGAGGUAGCUGUUAUAAUAUUCGCCUCGGCAUAUAGCAGAUGAGUCGUACAUCUAUACUUGCGUGCAUAUACCAUUAUCGUUGCGUCAUUGCCUAUUCCUCCC